AAUGGCUACAUGGUCUGUCUUAGUUGUCGGAAUCGAGGAAGGCAACUACCUUGUUAAAGUUGCUGACGACGAAGCUGCUUUUAAGGAAACUACUGUUAAGAAACUAAAGAAAAAAAUAUCUGAAUCAAAAGCAGGCCUCGUUAAUCCAGAAUACAUGCGCCUUCUUUUUGCCGGUAAACAACUCGAAGAUGAAGAUGCUUCAACUCAUGAAGAGAAGACCUUAGAAGAUUACAACAUUCAAAAGCGAUCAGCUAUCACCGUUGUCAUGAGAGUGCACGGAGGAAGUGACACGUCUCUGUCAAAAGUCAACAGAGUACCAUUGCCGCCUGCCUCAGAGGACAAAGAAUAUCCGAGUGAUUUUGCUUUGAAGUUUACUGAUGAUCCUGAUUGCAUUGAUCCUUAUUCUGAUUCUCAAAAAAGAGUCAAAAUGAAAUGUGGUCAUGCUGUUGAACCAAACACCCUUACGGCGUAUUGUCGUAGUCUUCUUGAUCAGCAUAUCUUUACGUUCACUUGCCCCGCUAUUGUGGAUGGAAAGAAAAAGCAAUGUAAAAAGGAAUGGGAUUACACUGAUGUUCGUUUGGCUGCACUAUUCAAUGAUGCUGAGAUGCAGUAUUUUGAGAGCAAGAUGUCCGAAUAUGCUGCUUCGCAAUACUGUGACUUGAAAGAAUGUCCUGGUUGCCGAUCAUUUGUUGAACGUAUUGAUUUGGAUAAUCUUAGAGUUCAUUGCCCUCUUUGUACUAAGAAAAAAGGUAAAAAUUAUGAUUUUUGCUGGCAUUGUUUAAAGGAAUGGACGGGACCAAUGAAGUCAUCUGUGAAAUGUGGAAAUGAGUCUUGUGUCCAUCCUGAUCUCCCAUCAAUUCGAGAUGCUCCUGAUUUUGUCCUCAAUGGCAAAAAUGUCCCUAAUCGUCGUGCAUGUCCAACUUGUGGAAAAGUUACUGAGCACUUAGCACAAGGUUGCAAGUUUAUUGUCUGUCCUCGCUGCAAGAAAGAGUUUUGCUUUAUGUGUUUGGAAUUAAAAGAAGUAUGCUUGAAAAGUGCUCCAGCUUCCUGGUAUGGGAAUUGUGGGAAACCUGUUGCACCUAAACAAACAAUUAUUCCAUGCUGGUCUCGUGACAACUGAGGGCUGAA